UUUUAGUACACAAAAACCCCAACCGUCGUCGAGGGAUAUGCUCUACCGUCGUGGAAGCCAUGAUUCGACUCUGGUGCUUUUUCGUCCACGGGCUCACCAGCUGAACACCGUCUGUGACAUGUAGCUCUCGGACGUACGAUUUUAAAGUUUAAGUGAUGAUUGUGAUAUAGUUUAGUUAUGAACAAUGUUUGGUGCUUUUGGGAAUAUUGUGUUUUUAAUCCUACUGGUGCCAUACAUAGAGAGUGCGAACCGACUGAACGAGUACAUCUCGCACUACGAGGAGGCGGCCUACUCGAGGGAGGAGACCCUCUCGGCCCACCAUCGAGCCAAAAGAUCAGCCGUCUCCAACCGGGAGGCCGCCGUCCAGCUGUCCUUCCGUGCCCAUGGACGUUCCUUCCGACUCAGGCUGAAAAGAGAUACGGACACAUUCAGCCAACACAUCGAGGUAGUCGAUUCCGCGGGACGGCACCUCCCUCACGACACGUCGCACCUCUACCAGGGUCAUCUGAUUGGUGAAAGUGGGAGCACAGUCUUCGGUUCCAUAUUAGAUGGGCAUUUCGAGGGCAAGAUAAUCACCUCUGAUGAAUCCUACUAUGUUGAGAAGGCGUCAAGAUACUUCCCAGACAACACGAACAAGAGCUUUCAUUCAGUUAUUUACAAAGAUUCUGACGUAGAAGACCCAUACAGACACAAAAGAACCGGAGGUCAUGUCGGUGGCUGUGGUAUCACGGACGAGGUCAGCCAAUGGAUGGAGACCAUACAGAAUUCUGCCGCCGAGGAAGAAGAAAACAAGCGAAAGUUACCAAAAAAAUACUCAGGUUUAAGUGAUAGUGAUAAAAAACACAAAUUUGGUGCUACCAGCGCCGAUUUAAGAGGAGAGACUCCUUACAACAAAUAUAGCAGAGAGGCAAACGUAAAACACAAAAGGGAGAAAAGGGCAGCUAGACCCAAAGAAGAGAAUAGAAACACGUGUUCGCUGUUCAUUCAGACAGAUCCGUUAAUAUGGAGGCAUAUAGCACAUCAGUUAAAUAAUGAUUCAGAGAAAACACGAGAAGAAAUUCUCUCCUUGAUUGCACAUCAUGUAACAGCAGUUAAUUACAUAUACAGAGAUACAAAAUUUGAUGGAAGAAUAGAACAUCGGAACAUUAAGUUUGAAGUUCAAAGGAUAAAAAUUGAUGAUGAUCAGCCAUGUCGUCCACACUUCAAUGGAGAUCACAAUCCAUUCUGUAUGGAAAAUAUAGAUGUCAGCAAUUUCUUAAAUCUUCAUUCUUUAGGGAACCAUGAAGAUUUUUGUUUAGCGUAUGUCUUUACAUAUCGAGAUUUCACUGGUGGGACGUUAGGGUUGGCUUGGGUCGCAUCUGCAUCAGGUGCUUCUGGAGGGAUUUGCGAGAGAUACAAAACUUACACUGAAACAGUGGGAGGCCUGUAUCAGUCAACAAAGAGAAGCCUUAACACUGGAAUUAUUACUUUUGUCAACUACAACAGCCGAGUCCCACCCAAAGUUUCACAGUUGACACUGGCCCAUGAGAUUGGUCAUAAUUUCGGCUCGCCUCAUGACUACCCUUCUGAGUGCCGACCAGGAGGUCAGAGUGGAAAUUACAUUAUGUUCGCAUCUGCGACAAGCGGUGAUAGACCAAACAACAGCAAGUUUUCAUCGUGUAGCAUUGGCAACAUUAGCAAUGUUUUAGAUGCCAUUGAAGACGAGAAGAAAUGGAAUUGUUUUAAAGCUUCCGCUGGAGCAUUUUGUGGGAACAAGAUUGUUGAGAAUGGAGAGGAAUGUGACUGUGGGUAUGAUGAUUUGGAAUGCAAUGACAAAUGCUGUUAUCCAAGGAUUCUUAAUGAAAUUGACAAAAGAAAAAACAGUUCAGCAAAAGGUUGUAGCCGUAAAGCUAACACUCAGUGCAGUCCUAGUCAGGGACCAUGCUGCAUGAGUGAUGAAUGUAGAUUUGUGCCGAAAUUUCAGCAUAUGAGGUGUAAGCCUGAAUCUGAAUGUUCGUGGAGUUCCGUCUGUGAUGGAACUUCACCAACAUGCCCUGCACCAAGUCCUAAAGCCAAUAAAACUAGGUGUAAUGAAGGAACUCAGUUGUGCAUCAAUGGUGAAUGUCGAGGCUCAAUAUGCCUUGAAUGGAACAUGACCGAGUGUUUCCUCACAUCACAGGGUGGAAAUGUAAUUGAUAAGAGAUCACUUUGUGAGCUAGCUUGUCAGAACGGCAGUGAUACUUCGACGUGUCGUAGCACGAGUGAAUUUGCGGCUAGAGUUGGCCUCCCGCCCAAAGGGAUCUCCCUUCGUCCCGGUUCCCCCUGUGAUAACUUUCAAGGCUACUGUGAUGUGUUUUUAAAAUGUAGAGCAGUUGACGCUGAAGGCCCCUUAGCAAGACUGAAAAAUAUGCUCUUUAACAAAGAAACGCUUCUCACUCUAACUCAAUGGGUUACGGAGUAUUGGUGGGCAUGUCUCUUGAUGGGAAUAGCAUUUAUUGUCUUUAUGGGUGUAUUCAUCAAGUGCUGUGCUGUUCACACACCUUCUUCCAAUCCAAAGAAACCACCCGCAAGAAGGUUUUCAGAAACUCUUCGACGACCUAUUCACACCCUUAGGAGAAUGACUCCUGCUCAUGGUUCUCGUCCAGGAGGAAGAAGGGGACCAGCACACGGCUACGGGGAAGGUAGGGGGCAUUACUACCCGCCGAAAGCUUCGGCACCACCAGCAAGCCGUUCUGAUCUCUAUGCGGGUGCUUAUACGGAUAGAAACACAUUUCAUAUGAGACAGCACAAAGUUUGACGGAAAUUUAUUUGCAGGUAUGACGGAUACCUGGGCCAAAGAACUCUUGUCAUUUAUUUUCAAGAUUGUGAAAGUGUUGUGUAGACGUAUUGUUUCAACGCCACGUUGUGCUGUCAUUUACUUCUAAGACAGACAUAUUUGAACUGAUAUAAAUAGUUAAAAAUAUAUAAAUAUAUAUAUAUAUUUUGGAAACUUUAUCUCUUAUAAUAAUUUUAACGUGGAGUCAUUUGCUCUAAGACUCUAAUUUUAUUAUUUUUUAUUAUUGUAUUUAUACCUUCUUUUUAAGUAUUUAUUUAGACUUUUUUUAAUUGUUUCUGUCAGAAAAUUUUCAGUACCUCAUGUUUAUGUUCUCAAAAGCGCUAGUUGACGCUAGGUGUAAGCUUUAUAUUUGAUGAUGUACAAUGGGCGAGUAGCUAUAAAAGAAAAAUUGCAACAAAAAAUUACAAUGUAAAAACAGAAAGCUUUCAAGAUUUCUGAAGUAUUUAACCAAAUUUGCCCAGUUGUAGGUGCAUCAGUAAUUUUAUAAUUAUAUACAUAUAUAUAAAUAUAUAAAUAUUGUAUAGGUCCAAAGAUUAUUUUACAGUCAAGGGUGUAAUUUUAUUGUAAGAUAAAAAGUUUGAGUAUGUGGACAAGCUGCAAUGCUACAACUCAAAACAUAUCGUGUUGUUCAGUUUAAUUAUCAUCCAGAAUUAAAUGUCGAUAAAAAAAUUAGUUAAUGACAUUUAAGGCAUUAUGUAUUAAGUUUAUAAUAUCCAGGCAAAAUAUAAGGCUUCCACAAUUUCAUACAAAAUAUAUAAAAAAUAUUUAAAAAACUUCAAAAAAAUGUUGUAUAAAUGUAAGUAGCUUCUUGACCAAUAACGAAUUUAAUUUUGUUUACAAUGUUUUAAAGAUGGAUGUGACAUUUGCUUUAUUUUUGUAAUACCAAAAUGUGCCCAUUAAAUAAUUUUACCUUUUAUUUUCAAGUCAAAUGUAUUUUCCAUUUAAUAAAUUGUCAUAAUAUUAGAAUGUAUAAACAAUCUCCUAUAUUUGUACAAAUAACUAUUGUUGACCUGCAAUUUUCAUUAAUUAAUUGAUCAUAAUUCUGAUUAUUGUGUACAUUCUUUGUUCAUGUAGACACUAAAUAAAGUUGUUAUUUAUUUGGGAA